ACUGUACCUCAACCACGAUCACACAAAACAGAAAGUCAGCAAUGAAACUUGGAAAAUCAAUUUGGGGGAUUACUACUGGUGAAUGGCGAUUCCCAUAUUUUCCUUCUCUCACCUCAAACUUCCUUCUCUCUCCUCCUCCCUAUCCAAUCCUCCUCUAACAUCAACUCUACUUUCUUCCUCUUUCAGCAUAUGCCCAGUUCUCUCUGCUUCUUCUUCUUCCAUCACGGCCGCUGCCUCCGACUCCGUCCGUCCAUCAUUCAAUGAAUUUUUCUCCAUCAGAGAAAAUGACAGCGCAAACGAAGAAGAGGACGACCACGAGGUCGCCCGUAGCGGUAGCGGUGGCGCAAGUUUUAGUGAAGCGGUUGAGCUGUUCAACGGCGGGGAUUAUUACAAGUGCCAUGACGUCCUCGAAUCACUAUGGAAUGACGCCGAGGACCCUGCACGCACUCUCAUUCACGGUGUUCUGCAGUGCGCCGUGGGCUUUCAUCACCUCUUCAACAAGAACCAUAAAGGAGCAAUGAUGGAGUUGGGAGAGGGACUGUGUAAGCUACGAAAGAUGAAUUUCGAGGGUGGACCCUUUCUCCGAUUUGAGCAAGAGAUUUCAGCUGUCCUGGAUUUCAUUUAUCAAACUCAGUUAGAAUUUGCUGCCUGCACAGAUGACUAUUGUCAUGCGCUAGAUCAGUCAGAAAAAUCAUACCAACUUCUUGGUGGUUAUGCCGCUGGACAGCUCCUUUAUUGUUUAGAAAUUGGCUCUAGCGGAACAAGCAUCUCAAGGAAGUUGAAUAUGAUGGAAUCAAUUGAAGACCGAUGCCGUUUACAUCAUCAUUUCUUCGGGGGGUUUUUUCCUAUAGGAAAAUUGCUACGCUUACAGGUAAUUUGUGGGCUACAUGUAACUGUGUAAGUAUUUAUGCCAACAGAAUACUAUAUGGUAUAUAUUGAACUUUUCCAAUUAUCACACA